CUCACAGGAGGGGUAGAUGGAAAGGUCAUUAAUUCUUGAGCCAUUGCUCUUUGAAACACUCAGAGAGGAAGCCCAGAAGUAAUAGCUCAAAAGACAUUUCCUAUGAGCAAAGGAUAAGAACAUCUUGCAACAAUGGGACAAGCCCUGGGUAUCAAGAGCUGUGACCUGCAGGCAGCAAGAAACAACGAGGAACACCACACCAAGGCCAUUAGCUCCCAGCACCUCAUUGUGAGAAGGGGGCAGCCCUUCACCAUCGUUCUGCACUUCCGCACUCCCAUUCGUAGGUUUCUGCCUAACCUAAAGAAGGUGGCCCUUAUAGCACAAACUGGAGAGCAGCCUUCUGAGGCCAAUGGGACCCAAGCCACCUUCCCAAUUUCCAGCCUUGGGGACCGGAAGGGGUGGAGUGCAGCAGUGGAGGAGAGAGAUGCUGAGUCCUGGACCAUCUCUGUGACCACACCUGCAGCUGCUGUCAUUGGCCACUACUCACUUCUGCUGCAGGUCUCAGGCAGGAAGCAAUACCUUUUGGGCCAGUUUACACUGCUCUUUAACCCCUGGAGUAGAGAGGAUGCUGUGUUCCUGGAAAACGAGGCUCAACGCAGGGAGUACGUGUUGAACCAGAAUGGCCUUAUCUACCUGGGAACAGCCGACUGUAUCCAGGAAGAGUCCUGGGACUUUGGUCAGUUUGAGAGGGAUGUCAUGGACCUCAGCCUGAGCUUGCUGAGAGUGGACAAGCAGGUGGAGAAGUGGAGCCAGCCUGUGCAUGUGGCCCAAGUUUUGGGCGCCCUGCUGGAUGCUCUCAAGGAGAAAAGCAUCCUGCCCACCCCGCAGAUCCAGGAUGUGGAGGAAGGGACCUCGCUCAACAAGCGCCGUGGCAGCGUGCCCAUCUUGCGGCAGUGGCUCACUGGCCAAGGCCGGCCUGUGUAUGCUGGUCAGGCCUGGGUGCUGGCUGCUGUUGCAUGCACAGCACUGCGAUGCCUAGGAGUCCCUGCCCGUGUUGUUACCACAUUUGCCUCAGCCCAGGGCACUGGUGGGGACCUGCUGGUGGAUGAAUACUACAACGAGGAGGGGUUGCAGAAUGGGGAAGGCCAGCGGGGCCGAGUCUGGAUCUUCCAGACUUCCACGGAAUGCUGGAUGAAGCGUCCUGCUUUACCCCAGGGGUAUGAUGGAUGGCAGAUUCUGUACCCAACUGCUUCUAGUGGCAGUGGAGUCCUGGGGGCCUGUGAUCUGGUCCCUGUCAAAGCAGUCAAGGAGGGGAGCCUGGGGCUGACCCCUGCAGUGUCACAACUUUUUGCCUCGGUGAACGCUUCGUGUGUGGUCUGGAAGUGCUGUGAGGAUGGGACACUGGAGCUGACCAGCUCCAACACCAAGUAUAUUGGCAACAGCAUCAGCACCAAGGCUGUGGGCAGCGACCGCUGUGAGGACAUCACGCAACACUACAAGUACCCUGAAGGCUCCCUUCAAGAAAAAGAGGUGCUGGAGAGAGUCCAGAGAGAGAGAAGAGAACAUGGGAAAGGCAAUGGCACUCAUCCUCCCAGUCUUGAGAUGGCUGACCCGCUGUACCUGUUCCUGGAAGCACCCAGCUCCCUCCCCCUGAGGGGGAAUGCCCAGCUCACAGUGACCCUCGUUAACCCAAGCGACCAGGAGAAGGCCGUGCAGCUAGCAAUUGGGGCCCAGGCCAUGUACUACAAUGGGAUUCUAGCUGCUGAGCUCUGGAGAGAGAAGCUGUCGCUCACACUCAGUGCCAACCUGGUUCAGAAAAUAACCACCAGCCUAUCCUUCUCCUACUUUGAGCAAAACCCACCGGAGAACAGCUUCCUCAGACUCACUACCAUGGCCACACACUCCAAGUCCAGCCUGAGCUGCUUUGCUCAGGAAGAUGUCGCCAUCUGUAGACCAUGGCUUGCCAUCGAGAUGCCAGAGACAGUAGAGCAGUACCAGCCUCUGACGGCCUCAGUCAGCAUCCAUAACAGCCUAGGUGCCCCCAUGAAGGACUGUGUGAUCUCCAUCCUUGGAAGAGGACUCAUUCACAGAGAGAGGAACUACAGGAUAGGGCCAGUGUGGCCUGGAAACACCUUGUGCACCCAGUUCCAGAUCACACCAACACAUUUGGGGAUCCACAGGCUCACGGUGGAAAUGGACUGCAACAUGUUCCAGAAUCUAACCAAUUACAAAAGUGUCACAGUGGUGGCCCCUGAACUUCCAGCUUGAACUUCCAGCUUUGUCAUCUUUUUCCCUAACUCACCCCUGACAUCACAAAUCUAACA